UUCAAUUGUGCCAUUUUUGCCUAUGGAAACUUGGCACAAGAAAAACUUACACCAUGGAAGGAGAAUGUAAGAGCUCAAAGGCUGGACCUAAUGGAGACUUGCUAACUGUCAGACGAGUUAUUAAUGGUCUCGUGGAGCAUCUUGUGCAUGUCCCAUACAGGGAUAACAAGCUCACCUGUCUGCUUGGAGAUUUGUUGGGUGCAAAAAUCAAGACAUGCAUUAUUACCACAGUAUCACCUGCAGUCCAUUGCCUGGAGGAGACCUUGAGUACACUAGACUAUGCACAUAGGGCAAAACAUAUUAGAAAUAAGCCUGAGGUAAUGGCGGAUCAGACUGAACAAAUGGCAAUUACAAUAGAAAUCCACCAGAAGCAGCUUGAGGAAUUACAAGAUAAAUUCGAUGAUCAGGUUAAAAAAUGCUCUAACAUAGACAACAAACUUGAUGCCACCCAGGUUCUUCCAAGUACUAUAUAUGAUGUCGACCUUCAUCGUUUUUGCCAAAUAUGA